AUGGCGUACUCGUUUCCUGAGGAGGUGUUGGAGCACGUGUUUUCAUUUUUGAGCUCGGAAAAGGACAGGAACGCGGUUUCGUUGGUGUGCAAGUCGUGGUAUGAAAUGGAGAGGUGGUGCCGGAGGAGGAUUUUUGUGGGGAACUGUUACGCGGUAAACCCUAAAAUCAUGAUCAGGAGGUUUCCGGAGGUGAAAUCGGUUGAGUUGAAAGGGAAACCGCAUUUUGCCGACUUCAAUUUGGUUCCGGAGGGAUGGGGAGGGUAUGCUCACCCUUGGAUCGUUGAAAUUGCUAGGGGUUACCCUUGGUUGGAGGAGAUCAGACUUAAACGCAUGGUGGUUACGGAUGAGAGCUUGGAGUUAAUUUCUAAAUCUUUUAAGAACUUCAAGGUUUUGGUUUUGUCGUCAUGUGAGGGUUUCAGUACUGACGGUCUUGCUGCCAUUGCUGCUAAUUGCAGAAAUUUGAGAGUAUUGGAGUUGCGGGAGUGUGAAGUUGAAGAUGUAAGCGGGCAUUGGCUGAGUCACUUCCCUGAUUCUUUUACCUCAUUGGAGUCUCUAAACAUGGCUUGUUUGGGUUGUGAGGUGAGUUUCUCAGCCCUUGAACGCCUGGUUGCCAGAUCACCCAACCUCAAGACCCUUCGACUCAACCGCACUGUACCCCUUGAGAAGCUCCCCACACUCCUACAGCUGGCCCCACAGCUGGUUGAAUUUGGCACAGGCUCCUACUCUGCAGACAUCCGAUCAGAUCUAUAUUCAAGUCUACUGGAAGCUUUUUCACGCUGCAAGAAUCUAAAAGGGCUUUCAGGGUUUUGGGAUGUGGUUCCAGCUUAUCUUCCUGCUUUUUACUCUGUGUGUCCUGGCCUCACUUUUCUAAACUUGAGCUAUGCCGCCACACAAAGUCCUGAUCUUACCAAGAUUGUUAGCCAAUGUCAUAACCUGCAGCGCCUAUGGGUGUUGGAUUACAUCGAGGACACGGGGCUCAACGCCCUUGCAAUUUCAUGUAAGGACCUUCAAGAAUUGCGAGUGUUCCCUUCGGACCCUUUUGUGGCGGAUGCGAACGUCAUGUUAACAGAAGAAGGUCUGGUUUCAGUCUCGGAAGGUUGCCCGAAGCUUCAGUCUGUCCUCUACUUCUGUCGCCAGUUUUCAAAUGCAGCGUUAACCAGCAUCGCGAAAAACCGGCCUAACCUAACAACCUUCCGUUUAUGCAUUCUGGAGCCCCGAGCUCCGGAUUACCUGACAUUGGAACCGUUGGAUUCGGGUUUCGGAUCCAUAGUCCAACACUGCAAAAACCUGAGACGGCUUUCGCUCUCGGGUCUCCUGACAGACCGUGUGUUUGAACACAUCGGGACCCACGCUAAAAAACUGGACAUGCUUUCGAUAGCUUUUGCUGGGGAUAGUGAUUUGGGGUUGCAUCAUGUUUUGUCUGGAUGUGAGAGUUUGAGGAAGCUGGAGAUACGGGAUUGUCCUUUUGGGGAUAAGGCUCUUUUGGCUAAUGCUUCUAAGUUGGAGACAAUGCGAUCCCUUUGGAUGUCUUCUUGUGGGGUUAGUUUUGGAGCGUGUAAGGUGUUGGGUCAGAAGAUGCCUGGUCUUAAUGUUGAGGGGAGAGGUUUGACAUGCCCCAUUUUGUACGGACAAUGGGUAAACACAACCACAAUAGGAGGAGGUUCAAAUAAAGCGUUAAAGCCCGUGUAGUGUUGCGGAAUGCCACAUAUGGUCCCUGGUGAAAUCUGGUAUGGUCUGUGAGUUGUAGAAUGUAUUUGUACUAUUAUUAUUAUUAUUAUUAUUAUUAUUAUUAUUAUUAUUAUUAGUCAGUUAGUCUCAUUUCUCUUUGAAUAAAGACCACCCC